CGGAGAUACUGCUCUCAGCUCUCCAAUGGCGGUCACCAAUCUAGAUCUCACGCACUACAUCUUCUGCCUCACCAUCUUCAUCACCUCUUGCUUCCUCUUCCGCGCGAUCUUUGCGAGACUGGCCAACUCGUCGUCCCGUCAACCUCCAAGCCCCCCGAUAUCGCUCCCUGUCAUCGGCCACAUCUAUCUCUUGGGCUCCUCGCUGCCUAAGUCCUUCCAAACCCUAGCUCGCCGCUAUGGCCCCCUCAUGCGGAUCCGCAUGGGUUCGUCAACCUAUCUCGUCGCCUCUGACGCCGCCGUCGCAAAAGAGAUCCUCAAGACCCACGAUGCCGAGUUCUCUUCGCGGUUCGAGAUGGGGCCGGUCCAGUACAGCAUAUACAGGCACACCGGGUUCAUGACCGCGCCGUACAGUCCCUACUACCGCUUCAUGAAGAGGUUGUGCCUGACCCGGCUCUUUGCAGGGUCGCAGCUUGACCAGUUCAGGCACAUCCUCAAGGAAGAGGUUGAGAGGCUCGUGAGGUCGGUGUUGGAGUGCUCUGGCGAAGGGAGAUCCUGCGACUUGACGAGGGAGCUGACGACACUAGCCAACAACAUUAUCUUCAGGAUGAUCAUGAGGAAGAGGUACUCCAAGUUCGUGGAGGGGACAAGAGAAGUGAGGAGGUUGACGGUGGAGAUCUUGGAGCUCGGAGCAAAGCUUGGGGUGAGCGAAGUGUUCGGGCCUUUGAAGAGGUAUGAUUUGUUCGGGCAUGGGAAGAGGCUGACCGAGUCGAUGAGGAGGUUCGACAGCGUGUUGGAGAAGAUCCUGAGGGAUUACGAAGAGAAUAUAGAUGAGGGUGGCGAGAGUGACUUGUUGGAAAUGCUGUUGGAGAGUUGUGGGGAUGGUAAUGCAGAGGUGAAGAUGACUAGGGAUCACAUCAAGCACUUCAUCUUUGAAAUGCUGGCGGCGAGCAUCGACACGAUGUCGGCGGGGUUGCAGUGGGCCAUGGCGAACCUCAUCAACCACCGUGCAGUCUUCGAGAAGCUGAGAAACGAGAUCGAGUCCGUCGUCGGCCCUGCCAAGCUGAUCGGAGAGCCGGACAUCUCGAACCUCCGUACCUGUACGCUGUAA